CUUCCACGGCGACACGUCAUUCGCCGUCUGCGCGAACCGGAUGGUGCUAUGGUACUAACGUCGCGUGCACCAGGCGUGUGUGUCCUCGUUCGCGGCCGGCUUUCACGAGCGGCUCGAUAUAGCGCGAGCGACUCGCUCGGAUCGCGGAACGCUGCGGAAGGCCACGGCGACGUGGGACGCAAACGUCAGCAGCCGUCGUCGUCGGAUCCCACUCGCGAAUGGAGUGAUCGAGGAAGUGCAGUCGUCGUCGUCGGCGUCGAGGAGACCGUAGACGCGUAGCGAGGUAAACAGGUCGCCACGGGAUUAACAACAUGGGCCUCAAGGACCUUCGUGUGGUGUUCGACAACCCGUGGAGCACCUAUUAUCCCGGGCAAACGAUGACGGGCACCAUCGUCGUGGUGUUGGACAGCACGAAGAAGAUUCGCGGCAUAAGCGUGAAGAUAAAGGGCGAGGCGAAUACUUGCUGGACCAAUGACAAGCAGGAGAUGGACGAGAGAGGACAAUAUCGGGAUGAAAGUCAAACCGUCACCGCGCACGAGGAGUACUUUGAAACGAAGUACUAUUUGGUCGGAUCCGCCUCGGGCGGAGAGAUAGAGAUACAGUCCGGCGAGCACAAGUUUCCAUUUGCUUGUUCCUUACCGGACAGCUUGCCGAGCAGCUUCGAGUCGGACUUUGGACACGUCCGCUACACCGUCAAAGCCACGCUGGAUCGACCUUGGAAGUUCGACCAAGAUGUCAAGAGUCCUUUCACAGUCAUCUCGCCUUUGGACUUGAACACGGAACCGCGAGCAGUGGAACCCGUUCAGGCAGAGAUGAGCAAGACGUUCUGGUGCUUGUGUUGCGCCACGCCAGCGUUGACCGUAAACUUCUCGCUGCCGGUUCGCGGCUACGUGCCUGGGCAGUCCAUGCCGGUGAAGAUAAAUGUGGAGAAUCGGUCGAGCGUCGUCGUGAACACCGUGAAAUUGGUGCUGGUCAAGGUCGUGACCUUUCGCGCUACCACGCCGCACUCGGACAGCCGAACGGAAGAGAUCGUAGUGACGGAGGUCAGUAAAGGACCGGUCGAGGGCGGCGGCAGCGCCGAUUACGAGCAGCAUCUGGACAUUCCGCCCUUACCGCCGUCGAACCUCGCCAACUGCGGCAUUAUCGAUCUCGAGUACAAUCUGAAAGUGGAGGCGUGCGUCGAAGGAUGGUAUCAUCGGAACCUAUCCGACAAGACUCUUAUCUUCGUGGGCACGGUUCCGCUGGCCGCUUACCACACCCCGAGCGCUCCACCUGCCGCUGAUGUGGCCGCUGCUGAUGCUCCGACGAAGCCGCCAGCAGCCGGCUUCGUCGUACCUUCGGCCAACAAGGCGCUGCCUCCGCUGCCGGAAUCUCAACUGUAUCCGAACUUACCUCCGCCAUCCUUCGAGGAGUCGGUUUACGGCGCCAGAAAUCUCCGCGAACGCGGGGAGUCGGAAUACGUCUACGGUUUAGCCAAUCGCUUCGCACCGAAAUACCCGGUUUAUAAUUUCGCACCAGCACAGUAAUGAGUGAGAAGAAAAGAGAGAGAGAGAGAGAGAGAGAGAGAGAGAGAAGAAGAAGAAGAAGAAAAAGAAGAAGAGGAGGAGGAGAAAACAGAGGGAGAUUGCUGUCUUGAGAUGAAUUUUGAUAAAAAUUAUUUCGAAGCUCGCAUUAUACGUCCUCUUGGCCCACUCGCCGACGAAAAAUCUCAGAAAAUACGGGAUUCGUCUUAGAAAGUACGUGGAUUCGCGAGGCAUCCGUAUGCAGCCUCAAGUGGUCAAGUGCUCUUGAUCGAUGCUUAAGCGACAUGUGAUUUGAAACGCACAAUUUGUAGCACACAUGAUAGAGUUACACAAACAAACGCCUUUUCUACCUGGCAUUUAUAUUUUUUUACGCGUAUCGUUGCGAGAUCGCGAGAGAGGAAGAGAGAGAGAGAGAGAGAGAGAGAGAGAGAGAGAGCAACGAAUAGCGGCCAAAUUCCUUUCGCCUCGCGGUACGACGUCGUUUACAUUACAAAAUCGCGUACACACGAUGGAAUUUAUACACGCAAACACGCGCG